UACCUCUCAUCUGGACCAUCAUGACUUCCCUCCUCCUCCUGUUUUCCUGUGAUUGAAGAACAAUAUGUUCUGAAACCAGACAGAACAGAGUUGAAGUCCCAGUGCCAUCAUUUGGGGACCUUUGUCACCCUGGGCUGGCAAGGGAGCAGGGCCUGGGCCUACCCUGGGAAGAGCACCCAGUUGCCCGCACCCCCUGCCUGACCAAGGGCCACUGACAAUGGACAAGGGGGAGGAAGACGACGAGGAGGAAGCCUGGCUGCAGCUUCGGCCGGUGGAGCCCUUGCCCUCCCAGUGCUGCGGCAGCGGCUGCUCCCCCUGCGUGUUCGACCUCUACCAGCGAGACCUAGCAAGUUGGGAGGCAGCCCGAGCCAGCAAGGACAGGAGCCUGCUGAGUGGAGAAGAGACACAGAGCUGUCCUUCCAAACUGAGCCCGGAGACCUUCCUGGCCUUCCUCAUCAGUGCCACAGACAGACUCACUAAGGACACCUACCUUGUCCGGUUUGCAUUACCUGGGAACAGCCAGCUCGGCUUGCGGCCUGGCCAGCACCUCAUCCUACGAGGGAUAGUAGAUGGCUUAGAAAUUCAGAGAGCCUAUACGCCCAUCAGCCCUGCCAACGCAAAAGGAUACUUUGAAGUUUUAAUCAAGUGCUACCAGACAGGGCUGAUGUCCCAGUAUGUGGAGUCCUGGAAAGCAGGAGACACGGCUUUCUGGCGAGGACCUUUCGGAGGCUUCUUCUAUAAACCAAACCAGUACGGUGAGCUCCUCAUGCUGGCUGCUGGCACCGGCCUGGCCCCCAUGGUGCCCAUCCUGCAGAGCAUCACAGACAACGCAGAGGAUGAGACCUUCAUCACCCUGGUCGGCUGCUUCAAGACCUUUGAGGGCAUCUACCUGAAAACCUUCCUCGGGGAGCAGGCUCGUUUCUGGAAUGUCCGCACCUUCUUUGUACUCAGCCAGGAGAACUCCCUAGAGCAGCUUCCCUGGAGUUACCGGGACAAGACCCACUUUGGCCGCCUGGGCCGGGACCUGAUUGAAGAGCUGGUCGGCUCCUGUCGGAGAAAGCCGUUUGCAUUGGUCUGUGGCUCAGCUGAGUUUACCAAGGACGUGGCCGGGUACUUGCUCAGCGCAGGCCUGGCCGAGGACUCCUACUUCCUCUUCUAGGCCUGGCCUCCCUUCUAAAGCUCAGGCCAGGGGCCUGACACUGGGACUCAGGAAGGGACACAGACUGGAAUCCAAAGACAUGAAUGGAAGACCGCUGCUGACUCUCCAGGUGACCUGGGACAAAUGUCUUUACCUCCGCACACCUCCGUUUCUCAUCCACCCCACGCGGUUCCUGACUGCCUCAAGCAGGCAUCCUACUGGGAGGAGGGAGGUGGAGCUGUAGGAACCUUGGGGAGGAGAGUAUCCGGCCGGGAGUCAGGGAGGACUCCCUGGAGGGAGCCAGGUCCUGGCUGGGUAGGAGUUGGCAGGAGAAGGACUAGGAGGGGCUUUCCUGGUUCCUCAGCUUCAAGGGUUUGAGAGGGGCUCCCACUGGGCCCUGCCCUGUAAUGCCUAUGCCAAAGCCUGCUUUCCCUGGAGAUGUGUGUCUCUUGUGGCCUCAGGGCUGGCUCAGAUGAGGUGCUCACUGGUUAGGGAAUGACCAUAGCGGAGGCUAGAGGAGGCACUUGCUGUAUGUACCUCCAGUGGCGUGAGCCUGACACAAUGAAGGUCGUGGGUUCUGUGACCUGACCAUGUCUCAGAACAAGGUGGGGCCCUAGAUUACCUUUAUUUUGGCACCAGGCCUUUGGUGCUGCAAAAGGCUUCACUCUCAGUCUCCUUUUCCUGGCUCAAGAGCCCAGCCCAGAGUCCUUUCCCCAGCAAAAGAGUCGUGAAAGCAAAUGCCCCUCCCUCCUGCAGGCAGCCAGCUCAGCCAUGCCUUCAGCUGCAGCGCCCUGGUGAUGGUUGCUAUGGAGAUCUAAAGAUAGAGCAGGAGUCCAGAGACCUGGGUCCUUCUCCCUGCUCUGCCCACUGAGCUGCUGCUGCUUCUGAGCCCCCCACCCCUCCCCUCCACACCCCACCCCCUCCAUCCUUCAUGGGGCAUAUGCCCUCCGCAGGGAACCUAGCGAUCCUGGGCAGCACACCGCAGUUAAUGAAUUCUGCUUUCUGUAGCCUGGGCUCCAGUAUGCUGCACGAGCUCAGGCUGGCUACAGGCAGUCCCAGAGUUGGAAUAUUAAGCCAUGGAAUCUCAGAAUCAAAGAACCAUAGAAUCGUAGAGUUGGAAUUUUGCAGUCAUAGAAUCACAGCCCUCAUCAUAUCAGAGGUUAAAGCUCAGGACUCCAAAAAGCAUCCCAUCUACCAGACUCAUCGUAUCAAUGGGGAAACCAAGGCCCAGCAAGGCCAUGUGACCUGCCCAAGGUAAAACAGUUCAUGGCAAGGCCAGGGUCAGAAGCCAGGUCUCUAAUGUCAGCCCUGUCCUCAGAGUUCUGUACCAGUGACUUUUAAACUGGGCUCUGCAGGACACUACAGUUCCUGGCACGACAGCAGUGAAGGAAUGGCCAGGUGGGAUCUCCAGGCCCCCUUCCAACCAGAACAGUUUUGUUUUUAUCCCAUUUAUAUCUUGGAGCUUGGAGUCAUUUUCAUUUGUGAAACAGGGUUUUCCUGCACUGCCCAAAAGAUUGCAACAAAUCUCCUUGCUGUGCCAUGUUCAAUAAAUAAUUACGGCAAGCAGUUGGGGGAUGGUGCCAAAGGUUUCAAACCAAGUUUCACAGACAGAAUUCCAUGGUCAAAUAGAUGUGGGGAAUACUGCAUGUGACCUUCACCAGGAAUCACGUGCACACGAGCAUAUUAAAGGCUCUGAAAAGUCCAGUGGUGAAGAAACAUUUUUCAUUUUACUUAACCCAGAGUUUCCCAAGCUUAUUUAAUUAGAGAACACUUUGAGACCAGCAUUCCAUGGACUACUUCAGGAAAUGCUGGUCUGUUGCAAAGCCUCUUUUCAGCAUAGCAUAAUCAGUGGGGAGGCCCUUCCCUGAGAGGCAGAGGUCCCGAGCAGGAACUGUGAUUUCGUUCGGCCUCUCCUGUAACUUGAGCAAGACUCUUUCUCAGGGCCUCUGAAUCUAUGCAUCUUCCUCCGCCCUUUCCUCUCCCUCAGUUAGUGUGUCCUAUUGAUUCUACUCACAAAUACUCCUGGAGGGCCUGUUAGGAGCCAGACUCUUAGGCACUGAGGGAAGAACAAUGAACAAGGUGGGUACUGUUCUGGGAAGCUCCAUUGGGGAGCUUAUAGUCCGACAAGGAAGGCAGAAAUUAAAGUUGUAAUUCUAAAAGGGAUGAGUGUGCUGAAAAGGGAAGUACGGCGCGCUAGGAGAAUGGAUGGCAAUGCUCUAGCCUGGCCUAGAGGAGGCCAGGGCGCACCACUGCCCUGAGGGUAGAGGCCUCUCACGCACAGUUAGGGGUGGUAGGUGGUCCCCACUUAGGGGGUGAGGGGUCUGGGGCAGUUCUUGUAUGUCUGUCUUUUCCCAUUUUAGAUAUUUGAUGUUUAGCUAUUACCAUCCAGUGAUAACCAACAGCCCCUCUUACCCUAGAAUGUGUCACCCUCCCCUUCCCCUCACUCCGUGUGGGAUCUGUGCGGUCUAGAUGCUGGUGGGGUUCCGUAUGGGACAUUGGUGAAGACCCAGCCACGCCCUUGGUGCCAAGAUGCCGAAGGGCUCAUACCAUCCGGAAACUUGAGAGCUCAUGGCUGGGUCCUGUGCCUCGAAAGAUGGUAAGUGAGUCCAAGAAGGGGACUAGUUGGAGUGCGUGAGCACGAACCUCUUUGAAUCAGGGUGAGGUUCCCAGCUCAGGGUGAGCUGGCCCGUUCCUCCCAUCUCUCCUGGUGAUGCUCUCAGGGCGUUGGUGGCAAAAUCAAUGGCUGCCUUGGUUCCGCCCUCAUCAUGCUUUGCCUGCAGCAUUCCCAUCUUCAGCCUCCAACCUCCGGCCUCUCCCCUACACCCCCUUUCACACUGUGGCCAGACCCAUUUUUUUUAAUUGUAGUGAUAACACUGUGCUGGCCAAAAAGUUCGUAUGGGUUUUUCCAUAAGAUGUUAUGGAAAAACCGGAACGAACUUUUUGACCAACCCAAUACUUAACAUGAGAUCUACCCUCAUAACAAAUUUCUAAGUGUAGGAUACGUUGUUGUUGAGUGUGAGUACCGUGUUGCAGCUCUCCAGAGCUUAUUCAGACUGCUGCUUCUAACACGCAGAUCUGAGCCUGUCACUCCCUUGCUUAAAUCCUUCAGUGGCUCCCUGCUGCCCUCAGGGUACAGCAUCGAGGCUCUGCUUACCUCUCCAGGCUGAUUCUGUCUUACCACCCCUCCCCUCAACGCUUAUGUUCCAAGCACGUUCUCUUGCGUCCUUCAGUCCCUUCACAUUUGCUGCUCCCUCUGCCUGGGCCAGCCUUCCACCCUCCCAUCUUCCACUCGCCUAAGCCUCCUUGUCUUUAGAGGACUUAGCUUAGUGUCACUGCCUCUCGGGAGCCUUGCCUGCCUCUAUACUCCAGGCUAGAUUACUGAGCAGAGUCUUGCGCGUUCUUCUGUUGCUGCACCCAUCAAACUGUCUCUUAUGCAUGUGAGCACAUCAGGGGUCGUCCCUGUUCAUUGUGUCCCCAGCAUGGAAGGGUGCUCAGUACAUCCUGGAUGUCAAACACCUGAAUGAUAAACAGCUAACAUUUCAUGGAGUCCUUUACAGGUUGCAAAAGGCUUUUCACCUACAUUGAAGCAUGCAGUUGUCACCAAAAUGCAUGCUAUUUUAUUACCCCAAUUUACUAAUGAGGAAACUAAGUUUCUGAGACAUUAAACAAUUCUCUAAGGUCACGCAGGGGUACAUGCUGCAAUUGUUAUAAAGGCUGUAUGUGACACGAGGGUGCACCAUCAGACGUGUAUAAAGACUUUCACUGCUGUACUGUUUGAAACCGCAAAGAAUGGAAACUACCUUCCAUCGGUAGUUCAUCGGUAAGAAAACGGAGAAACGCACUGUUCUGUGUAGACUCACAGUGGAAUACCAUACAGCAGUUCAAGUG